AGCGGCACAGCGCAUUCUUCUUUUGUCCUUGCAUGACGACGGUAGAGCGCUACGCAAAUCCAGACUUUUGGGAUGCUCGCUUUCAAGGUUCUGAGGGUCUUUUUGACUGGUAUGCGACUUAUGCAGAGUUGAAAGAUACCUUUGAAGAGUUUUAUCCUGCGGAGCAGUCAAAGCAGAGCAGCCCAGUCCUGGUGGUGGGUUGUGGAAAUUCUGCCUUCUCAUCAGAGCUCUAUGCUGCGGGAUAUUUGCACAUUACAAGCAUAGACAUCUCUGCCUCGGCCAUCUCAAAGAUGCAAGAGCAAUUCAAUUUGCCAGGCAUGAGCUGGCAAGUCAUGGAUGCAACGGCAAUGUCUUUCCAAGAUGGUACCUUCAAUCUGGCAGUGGACAAAGGAACUUUAGAUGCCAUGAUGACGUCUGGAAGUGACGAGAUUGCCGGAGCAAUGGUGAGCGAAAUCUGGCGGGUCUUGCAGCCUGAUGGCCUCUUGAUUCUCAUCUCUCACAGUGGCAAGCGGUUGAAGCUUCUGACCGAUGGGUGGCAAUGUCUGGAGUUGAGAAGAUGCCGUCUGUCACCGCAGGCGACCUUCAUCAACAUGCUGCGUUCGAAGCUGCCCCCUGGUGCUCCCUUGCGCGAUGCUUUUCAACAGCCUGAGCUGUUGCAAGAGGCGGGCGAAGAGGCAAAGCAAGCUUUGAGGAAGAUGGCUUUCAUAGAUGCCUUCAGAGUCUUCAAAGCAAGGAAGCGUGCGCAAGCAGGACUGUCAAGAACGGAGCUUGUACAAGCUGAAGAGGAGCUUCGUGGGGCCAAGGAUGAAGGGUCAGACCCACGGCGGCAACCUUUCUGUUGGAUUUAUGUUCUGAGGAAGAUUGCGAGAUGAGUCAAAA